CUCUGACUAAACUCGCGCGCAAAACGUUGCUUUGCUUUUCACAAAAUUUUAAUUUCAUAAAUUUACAAAAAAAACAAUAAAUAAUUUCCUUUAAAUUUUAGCAUUGAUUGCAACUUACGCCUGAAAGGACUUGAACCCUGAUCGGUUAUUGAACUGUUGCCGAGAUGGCUUACAAUUUGUCAGAAGGAUCCCUCCAAACCAUUAUGAAUGGGGGACACUACGAGAAACCAGUAAUGCAAGUGCUUGGAAGUAAAAAAAUCCAAGGAAGUGGUGCAAAUGAAAGAUAUAGACUACUGGUCUCAGAUGGCAAACAUUCCCAUAGCUUUGCCAUGCUGGCCACACAAUUAAACGAUAAACUAAUCACAGGAGAGCUAUCUGACUACUCAGUUGUACAAAUAGACAGAUUCGUCACAUCUUUGCUUAAAAACACUGGCAAGGGGGAAAAGAGAGUGAUGAUUAUAUUAGAUGUGACAAUUCUUGCACCCGGAACAGAAGUCGGUAAGAAGUUGGGAAAUCCACAAACAUGGUCAGAGGAGACAGCAGUGGCUGCCCCACCACCUACGAUGCAACCAGUGCCCAAGCCGACUGCUCAAACAAUGCAAAUAUCUAAGCCCACACCAGUCGCUGGAUUAAACAGCAGUGUUCUAUCUUCACAAAUGACACAUCCCAUUGCCAGCUUAAGUCCAUACCAAAAUAAGUGGGUAAUCAAAGCGCGGGUUAUGAACAAGUCUGCUAUAAGGACAUGGAGUAAUGCUAGAGGUGAAGGGAAGCUGUUCAGCAUGGACUUGUUUGAUGAGAGUGGUGAGAUUAGAGCCACAGCCUUCAAGAAUGAGUGCGACAAAUUCUAUGAUAUAAUACAGGUUGACAAAGUUUAUUACAUUAGCAGAUGUCAGCUGAAAACGGCCAACAAACAAUUCACAAGUAUGAAAAAUGAUUAUGAGAUGACAUUCACUGCUGAAACUGUGGUUGCUGAAUGCACAGAUGAUACAUCUGCAAUGCCUUCAGUCAAAUAUGAUUUUAUUCCCAUCAACAGUAUCGCAGACAAGAGUCCUGAUAACAUUAUUGACAUUAUUGGUGUAUGCAAAUCUGCAGCUGAUCUCCAAGAGUUAACUGCUAAAACUACAGGGAAACUUCUGAAGAAGAGGGAAGUUACCUUAGUAGAUUCUUCAGGGGGUGGGGUUGUUCUAACAUUAUGGGGUUCUGAGGCAGAGAAAUUUGAAGGCAGCACCAAUCCCGUGAUAGCUGUCAAGGGUGCCCGAGUAACAGAGUUCAAUGGAAGCAAGUCUCUCUCUUGCCUGGCGAGUACAAUGAUGAGACUAAACCCCGAUCUACCCGAGGCCCACAAACUGAGGGGCUGGUAUGACAACGGAGGCGCCGAAAUGGAAACCGUCAAUAUAUCCGCCAAAUCUGGUUUAUACUCUGGUGGCAGCAACGAAUGGCUAAGCUUCUCGGAUGCAGAAGCUCGCCAACUCGGAUCCGGGGAAAAGGGGGAUUACUACAGUUUACUGGGGGUCCUUACAUUCACUUUUAGCGACAACGCCGUCUACAAAGCGUGCCCACAAGAGCAAUGCAAUAAGAAACUUGUGGACCAAGACAACGGUCUGUUCCGAUGCGAGAAGUGCAAUAGAGAGUACCCCAACUAUAAGCAUCGGCUGCUGCUAGGGGCGAAUGUAUCGGACCCCACUGGAGACCAGCGUAUAACGGCGUUCAACGAAGCGGCCGAAGCUAUGUUGGGCAAGACGGCCGCGGAAGUGGGCCAAAUGUUCGACUACGACAAGAAUGCGUACGCGCAGCUUUUCGAAGAAGUCAAGUUCAGAACGUUCGUCUUCAAGUUCCGCACCAAGAUCGAGACUUACAGUGAUGAAACCCGUUUGAAAACGACGGUCAUGAAUGCCCAACCUGUAGACUACAAAGAUGCCAAUUCGCGACUCAUCAAAAACAUUAAAGCCAUAACUGGAGUACAAGUCUAAAUUAAUGAAAGCAAAGCUAAUUAAGGUUUAUUAGUACAAAUGAUUGUGUUGAACAUGAAUCAUUAUAUUAUCGUAAUAAUAAUUGCCUGAUUGAUUAUGAACUGAAAUAGUACCGAGUACAUAAUUAGUGUCAGCAAGGUUCUUUUUAAUUUUAUACUUGUAUCGAA